UUGGUUAAGAUUGGCUGAACUGCUUUCAGUUCGCUUUCAGCUUUCAGUUUCUCUUAACUGGGAUCCAAACUGAGUCAAACUUUCAAACCAUCGGGUAGUCAAAGCUUGAAUAAAUAGUGAAGAUGUCGAACUUAUUUUGGUUCCUGUUCGUCGUGCUGUUUAGCCAACCCUUCAACUUUGUGGGAGUGGGGUUGACUGCUGCCUUCAUCAUCACGUUUAUUCGGAAAAAAUGGAGGUCGAGAAAACUGACAACAAGUCAGAUAUUGAUGGAACUAAUUCACAUUGCAACAAAAGAAGACAACAACUGGAAAGAUGUCAUUCAGCACCUGUGGAAUGGUGGAAAGGUCAGCAAUACCUCCCAAAGCCACAGAGACGCUUCCCCCAUCACUGUGAUCGGAGCUCGGGGACACUCAGUCUCCUUACCUCCUGGGAUUCCAGUCGGACCGGACUUUAUUGACAUUGAGUGGAGACGGGUAUCAUCCGGAAGCAGAGUUGCACAAAGCUCAAAUGGGAAUAUUGAAUACUUCGGUCCCAAGGAAUACCAGCGAAGGAUAACACUUCAUCCUGGGAACUUUAAUCUGGAAAUCAGUGAUCUACGGAGAGAGGAUGCUGGUGAUUAUGAGGUGAUCAUUACAGCAGCCUCAGGGACACAGACUCUAAGAAGAGUCCAAUUGGAGGUAAAUGAUAGGACUGGGGCUCCUCCUACCACUGUGACCGGAACUCGGAGACACUCGGUCUCCUUACGUCCUCGGAUCCCAGUCAGACCGGACGUCUAUGACGUUGUGUGGAGACGAGUAGAACGUGAAGAAAGGAUAGUAAGGCAUUCGGUCAACACUACAAGGUAUUUUGGAGAGUACCAGCAAAGGGAAACCUUUCAUCCCAGUAACUUCAGUUUGGAAAUCCACGAUCUACAGAUGCAAGACGCCGGUCACUACCAGGUGACUGUUACUGCAGAUUCGGGACAUGAAGAUACAGAGAGCAUUUCAUUGGAGGUGCAUGAGCCUGGACUGUUGAGAGCGGGUCUCAGAGCUUUAGCUGACGCCUUUAGUGCUGUCAGGCGCUUUCUGGGAAGUCUUUUCAGCUGCAGGAGAUAGAAGGAGCUGUGUCCUGCAAUCAUUGGCACUCACCUCCAAGCUGAAGCGACUGUGGACUCACUCUCAGGGACACAGCUGUUAUAUUCUGUGUAUUAUUUGCUUAUUUUUUCACCGUUUGCAUGAUUUCUUUUUUUUAAACAAAUUGGGUUUUUGAUGGUCUUUGUUUUGUGGGUUUUUUAAGUGGGUUUCUUUGUUUCACGGCUGCCUACUGGCAGACAAAUCUGAAGGUUGUAUACAGUAUACAUAUGUUUAUAAUGCUCUGGUUCAUGUCUUUACUGUGAUGCUGCAGGUAUUUCAUUUAGCCGCUCUGUAAGGACAGUUUGUUCUGCUUUCAGCCUGUUUGGGUUAUUGUUGAAGAUAAGGGACGAUGAGGAUUGUGUGCUGUCCAAUUAGGAUAGGGGAACUGGAUGGGGGGAGGGUUUUUUGGUGAGGGGCAUUAAGGUUGGGCUUGGGGCUGUUGUUUGGCAGGAGGUGAAGAGAGCAGAUGCUGGAGAGAAGAGGUCGUAGGGUUUGACUGGGUGCAGGACCAUGAUUUGUCGAAGCCAGGUGCCAAAAUUGAUGGAGGAUCGAUGAAUAUCAGUGAAAUGUUGACCUCUAACUUGUGCACGUUGGACUGUUUAAUUAAAAUGGGCCCUUUUCUUUCCUAACCCUCGAGUUAAGAUUCAUAAAUAUAAUUCCUUUAAUCUCAUGCUGUGUGCUGUCUAUUAUUUCAUGGCACUAAUUUAUAACAGGAUAGCAAAGGACACAGCAUCCACCCAAACGGGGGGUUUUGGGGUGGGAGCGAGCCGUCCCAAUCUCCCAGGUUUGUCUUCCCCAGCCUUACACAGCCAAGGAAACUGGGGAUUUCACGUACUUUGAUAGGAAAUAUGCUUUGAACUUUGUACAGUACUUGAAAACAUCAAGUGAUACAGUGACAUUCAUAAUUUGCGUCAAUGACUAACACUGCCUGAGGAUGUGCUGGGGGCAGCCCGCAAGUAUCGCCAUGCUGCUUUUCGACAGCAUGAAACCCCUAAGCUGUUUGUCUUUGGGUGUGGGAGGAAACACACACGAGAACAUUAAGGGAGUGGCGGAUGUGAAUCCCGGCAUUGUAAACUGUUACACUCCCUGCUACACGUCCGUGCUGCCCUCUGCACCACAGUUGCCACUCCCAGUCUGAGAGCCUAUUGACAGAGUGUUUGACAUUAAUGUGGGCACGUUACUCAGCUGUGCACUGUCACACAUCAAGCGUCUCAGGCAGCAUCUGUGGAGAGAGACAAAGUAUUAACGUUUCAGGUUCCACACCCUUCGACUGAAUCUCUUCGCACACGCUGACUGACGAGCCUCGGGCUUCCAGUGUUUCCUGCCUUAGCUUCAGAUUUCCAGCUCAAUCAAUUGCUUGAUAUUUACUGACCGAGUCUGUCAGUUUUAUAAUAAAAAUUCGA